UUGCGAGACGUGAAAAGAUCUAAAAAUUCGAUUACAAAUUUUUCGUUCACUAAUAAUUUAUUUUUAAAAAACAUUUUUCAAUUUUCCGACUUCAGCUCCUGUAAAAUAUCUACACAUCACGCUUUUCAAACACAAUCACCUGUAACAUAAAUUCCUACAUUAAAUCACCGAAAGUAAAUAAAAUGGCAACACUCAGAAACGACGCUAAACCCACCGUAGCAGACGCGGUCAUCAAGAACGUCGACAUGGACGAAACCACCAAGACCUUCGCACUCAAAGUUGCCGUUGACGCCAUAACAAAGUUCGAGGUAGAAAAGGACAUUGCAGGACACAUCAAGAAGGAGUUCGACAAGACCUACGAGCCAACAUGGCAUUGCAUUGUCGGAAAGAACUUCGGCUCCUACGUCACUCACGAGAAGCAGUGCUUCAUCUACUUUUACCUCGGUAAGAUGGCCAUCCUUAUCUUCAAGAACGGUUAAGUCAGGUUUUAACACCGUAAUCUAGUCCAAAGGACAAAA